AUGGAUGAUGUUGGCAGCGGGGCAUCCACUGUUGGAAAAGCGAUGAGGAAUGUUCACGCCCAUGCAGAGGACACUGGGGGAGCAAUUGCACACCCACUGGCUCGGAGAUUGAGCAAUGUGUCGGGCAAGAACAAUGCACGUGACUGGUGGCGUUCCUUCAAAGACGGCCCAGAAAUGCAACAGAUCCGGGUUCCUGUGAAGUACCAAGAUUUAGAUGAUGGCCAGUGGAAGUUCAGGAUAGAAGAACGACCCAUAUUGGAUCCACAUUUGAUCUUACAAUAUCUUUUUGACGAUGCCAAUGUGAAAAUUCCAGCUGAAGCCGUGCGAAAAUAUUGGUCCCACCACGCGCGUCAUGGAGAGAAGUGGGCUCAGACGUGUGACAAUUACAACCGGAUACCGGUUGGCAUUUUUGGUGACAGUGCCAGAGUAACAGCACAGUACGGAAAGGUGGUGCAAGUGGUGGUACCACCUAAACUCCGAGCCAAAGGUGGCCAACAGCUCACCCGAGAUUCAUUUUUAUUUUGCUGUACAGAAAUCCGAGGCGAUUGGUCUUGGCAUAAGAAAGCAUACCAAGACUUCAAAGCCUGGUGCAGAGCCAAUCGAUUACAUUGCUCACAACCAGAGUUCAGAGAGUCCAUGUUGUACAAGAAAAACGGUGACGUGAUGUUGACGCUCAAGGCGUACAACGGCAGAUGUGUCCUGGAAUGGCUGGCAGUACGGGUUUACGAGGCAUACCUGAACCCACAAUAUGCGGCAUUUGAUCCUACAAGAUUUUGCAGCCAAAUUGUUUGUUUGUGUGAGAGUGAAACAGGAAUGAGAUUUUGUUGUUGGUCCAGGGAUGGGGGGCAGCGAUUCAUGUUCCAUCAAUUCGUUCUGCAGCAUUGGGCACAUAUGCACGCCAUUGCAAACAAUAUCAAGGGGGUCAGGUGA